GCAUCAGGAAAUUCCUUGGAAAGUCGUUCCUUUGCAGCGAAAGCAAGACACUUUUAUCCCGCUAAGCAUCCGAUGUGAACGAAUCAUCUGAAUCAAGCAAUUCAUCUUCUCAACACAUUGCAUCGGCUCCAUCUCCUUCACAGGGCGUUAGGCCUCCUACCAAUAGUUCAGUAGUCGGGAGAUCGCGGCCUAGGGUGUGGACGUUAGCAGAACUCAGUAAGUAGGGCUUCAACAAGCAAUUGGAGAAACCAGAGAUUGAGAGAGCUCUGAAUCGGAAUAUUCAUCCGGAAUGAGUCGAUCACAGGGGCCUUUGGCCAUUAAACGGAAAAGACCAGAUUCUAGCUCUCCAGCUAAUGCGUUGACCGAACAUGAGCUAAUUGUUCUAAAAGUAAUUGAAACCAAAGAAGAUAUGGGAAUCUGGUUAAGAGACCUGAAACGUGAAGCUCAUAUACCGGACAAUGCUGUCACUAAGGCCCUCAAGUCUCUUCAGGCAAAGAAUUUGAUAAAAGAGGUUAAAACCGUCCAAAACCGUGGGAGGAAACACUACAUGGCUUCACAGUUUGAACCUUCAAAGGAAAUAACUGGAGGGGAUUGGUAUGCUGGGGGGAGUCUAGAUGUACAUUUCAUAAAAUGCUUGAAAGAGCUUUGCAUAAAAUUCAUAGGACAGAUGAAGUUGGCUACCAUGGAGGGAGUUACAAACAGGAUCAGAGAUACUGGAGCCUUUGAAGUUGAGUUAACAAACCAGCAAAUUGAAGACAUUUUGAGGGCACUGGUUUUGGACAAUGAAAUCAUGGAAGUAAGGAGUAAUGGGUUAGGGGAUUUUGCUAAUAUUCCAGUCGGCAAAGUUUGUUAUAAGCUGACAAGCAAACGACGUGCUGCAGUUGAACCGAAAAUUGGGGCUUUCGCUUCCAUCCCUUGCGGAGUUUGUACUCAGAUAAGCCUUUGUACUCCUGGUGGUGUAAUUUCACCAGAAACCUGUGUCUACUACAAAGAAUGGUUGGACUUUUAGUCUGAUUGUUGCUUAUGAAGUUUUGCAAGAACUCUUAGGCAAGGAUUCGAGAUUCGAAAACUAGCGUACAUAAAGAUUAGUCAGAGGCAAUUCGCUAAUAUGGAGCUGUUUAUAUCGGCUUUCUUUCCUCUAGCAUGUAGUGGGAUUGAAGACAAGUGGAGUGACUUUGUUUGCAACUGGGCAAUGCUUUUUCUUGUUUCAUGUUCAUGUAUUUAAGUAGUCAUUUCUUUGUAUAUAUGGUAAAGUUCUUCCCAACCCAUUGGUGAUGCUGCAGUAUCACACAGCUAAUGUUCGCGAUUUGUAUAUAGUUGAUAGCCAGUUGGUAGACAGAAUAGGGCCAUAGAUGAUAGAUGGAGCGAGCAGUAUUUUGAUAACCUGUGAGAGUCGUCAAAUUCACUUGAUACCCAUGUAUCAUAUAUCACACGUAAAAAUGCUGUCAUGCUCCUUA